AUGUUUGAUGUAUUAGUUAGUAUGAGUAUAACAAGUGAAUGUGGAUAUGGACAAGGAAUGAGUGAUAUAGUAGCAUUAAUUAUACAAGUUACAUAUUCAGAAUUUGAAGUAUUUUAUUUAUUUCAAGGAAUACUUGAAUUAGUAAAAGAAUUUUAUGGAGAAGAAGGAAGAAUAUCAUCAGAUAAAAUGAUGAAUGUAGGAAAUAUUAUUUGUGUUGUAGAUGAAGAAUUUGGAGAAUAUUUGAAUAAAUACAAUAUUACGUUUGAAUUUAUUGUUAAAUGGUUAUUGAUGUUAUUUAAACGAGAGUUUUGGUCAAAAGAAGUAUUACGAUUAUGGGAUAGUUUUAUUUCAUUUCCAAAAGACAAAUUAUAUCUAUUCUUAUCAGCAACAAUUCUCAUCAAAAAUAGAUUAGAAAUCAUGAACAGUCAGAUGAGAUUUGAUGAUUUGUUUAUUUGGACACUCAAAUUAGAACAUAAAAUUCCAUUGCAAUAUAUUUAUGAUGCAGACAAUUUAUUAUAUGAAUUUAGAAUGAAAGCAACACCAGAACAACAAAAAAGAGUAUUUAAUUAA